AUGAAAUACUUGGGACGACCGUUGCUUGGUGGUCACGACGACGUCAGGGAGUUACCUUGUUACUUUUCGAGUCAGGAGACUGCCCCUCUGGGUCUCCCGGGGCCUAAGUUGCACGAGCCUUACUCCUUGCAGCCAUCAGCUAAGUUGUCCUUGACUGCUGCUGACUUCACAAAUGAGCUCUUAACCUCCCAACCCGUGGAGAUGAUGAACAACCGCUACAUCAAGUCCGCAAGCUUGCCUCGCUCUAUUGGCGAUAUGCUUGGAUACACGAGUCCUGGGUCUGUAAAGUCCAUGCGAAGUCCAUAUUCUGUGCCGUCGAAACGUGAGCGCGUUGAGACCUCAGCUGCGCCACAACACGUGUGUCCUGCUUGCCAGUACCAGGCACUGAGUCGUAGCAAACUUAUUGUGCACAUGCGGUGUCACUCUGGCGAAAAACCGUACGCUUGUCAUGUGUGUCCAUACCGCAGCAUCAACAGGGGCAAUCUCACCGCCCACAUGCGUACGCAUCAGGGACAGGAACCAUAUCGAUGUGAACAAUGCGACUUCAGAGCUAAGUUCCGUAAAGAACUACUCAACCACUUUACACUCAAGCACCGGGAGUCUAGGUCUGAUGCCCCUGGACAGCAAACAUAG